UUGUUCGAAAUGAGGCGAAUGCAUCGAAUGAGCUCAUUUUUCAGUACCUGAUCUGAUCCGAGUACAAACAACGCUUUUGUUUUAGAGAAAGACGAUGAAGAUUUUAGAUUCUGAGCUCAGAUAGUCAAGAUGUUCGGGGCAUUUCGUCAAUUUGUCCGAGAUUUGCCCAUUGUGGGCAACUCUUGGACAAGGCAACCAGUACGAACUAAGAUCGCCAAGCGUACAAUGCCUGCCUAUAAGUUGGGGAUGAAGUAUUAUAAAAAUCACGUUGUCAGACAGCGACAUCUUGUAGCUCUUCAACAUGGUGCUAGAUACAAACCUGGAGAGAAUAUCAUCUUUGGUUCCGGUGGCAUGUUGCACUCUGCUUUGGAAGGUACUGUACACACCAACCACAUCUAUGUCGCAAGACGGAGGACACGCACAGACAAUGGCCAUCCUUUCAAGCACAAACGAAUUUACAUCAGCGUCGUGCCGUUGCGCAAGUUUGAAGCCCGCUACUCCUUACAGCGUGUCUACCUUCCCGGUGAGCGCAGGGCAGUCGUGCCAGAUAAAUACGAGGAUUUUUUACCAUGACGUGAUUCAUGCUACUGUGCCAGAAUGUGUGCAGGUCCCUUACUUGACUGAACUGAUCAUGUCUGAUUCUAGAUGCCCAUCGCAUCCUGUUGUUCAAAACUUCAGAUUCCCUGAGGAUUUUUCAUCUUUUUUUCCUUUGGAAAGCUCUUCUUUGCCACAGCUACCACAUUACUACUGGAGAAUUUCUUUGUUGGUGUGUGUGCGUGGUGUGAAAGCUGGCUUAAUUAAUUCAAAUCGCCUUAGUUUAGGUCUGGAGCUUUAUUAGGUGCAGUGCAGCACACUAAUAUGUUGCAGCAUGAUGAGCCAACCUGUUGCACAACGAGGUGUGUGCAUGUCAUUCCUGCUUCUUGUGACAUCUACAAAUGCUGGUAAAAUGAGCGUGGUGUGGCUUGUCCAAGUUA